AUGGGAAACGGGAAUGGCAAUGGAAGCGCACAAGCAGUUGACAAGUGGCCGAUGGCGAUGGACGACGAAUCGAAGAAUCGGAGGCAAAGAGACGACACAAUGAAAGGAGCGAUUACAUCUCUGAGACCGGUCAUCGAUUCCGGUUGUUCCAAGCAGGCGCUGUUCCUGUUCUGCUCGUCGCUAUUUCCGUUGUGCUCAGCCAACGCACCCCGGCCGGUGAAACCCUGCCGGUCGCUAUGCGAGCAGGUCCGCAAGGAUUGCUUCAGCGAUGCCGUAUUCAGCAAACUAUGGCCAGCCUAUCUGGACUGCCGGACACUGCCGCAACCGGAAAACCAUGGACUUUGUAUGCAGGUGCCUCCAGAAGCUUCAGGAAGCGUGGAGAAAUCCAAUCAAACCGGCCAUCAUCCACCAUCGCUACCGGCCCCAAUCAUUCCAUCGUUGCUAAAUCCUAGCAAACCGUGGUCCAUCUUUAACCUGCCCCAACUUCCAAACGGAGUCGGAAUCCUGGAACCGGGAGCAACUCGGCCAUCGCAUCACCACCACAAUCAUCACCAUGGGUCAGCUGUCGGUGGUGUUGUUAGCUGCCCGGCAAACUACACUCUGGAAUUCGAUCAGUGCAUUCCCAAGUGUGGAGCGACGAUCGAUGCCAUGUACACCGGACGGCAGAAAGAGGCCGUCGAGUUCUGGACCCUAAUCCUGUCGGCCGGCUGCUUCAUCUUCACCCUUAUGUCCCUGGUGACGUUCUGGACCAAGGCUGCCAAAUUUGAGUACCCGGAUCGGCCGCUGCUCUUCAUGACCCUGUGCUACAACUUGAUGGGCCUUUGCUACCUAGAGAGAACCAUACUUCACAACCCGAGGAAGGAGCUCAUCGACCUGCUCGAAUUUCGUCAGGAGUGUAACAUCACCUCGCAAUGCUUGGCGUACUACAUCAUCAAGAACUACCUGCUUAUCAGUGCCACGAUGUGGUGGCUGAUCUUUGGCAUCUGCUGGUACCUCAGCACAGCCAAGCAAUGGUCCUGUGAAGCGCUAGAGAAAAAGUCUGGCCUGUUCCACGUGAUGGCCUGGGUUGUUCCAUUUGCAUCCCCCAUCAGUGCUCUGCUCCGGGGAAACAUCCAAAAAUUCGAACUCACAAAUUUCUGUACCGCCAAGGGCUUCACCGAGAUCCCAACCUUGGUCUUGCUGAUUCUCGGAGCAGUACUCAUCUUCCUGUCGCUUCUCGCCCUGCGUCGUCUUAAAUCAACCUGGAACCAGAGCGAAACCCUAUCGAAAGUGUUCAGCAGGGUGCUUUUAUUCGCAAUUAUCUACCUGAUCCCUGCCCUCUCAGCCGUCAUCUGUACCUUCUUCGAGAAGGUUGAAAACCCUCUGGAACCCUGCCCUAACGGAGUUUCCUGCCCCGCUGCCCAGAAGUUCUCAAUGCUCCCCACCCUCCUGAAACUGAUCCUCACCCUGGUCGGUGGCUCAACGACCGGCAUUUGGCUGUGGUCCAAAAAGAGCGCGGAUCUGAACAAGAAAUCCUCUCUAGCCGGAUCCACCAAUGGAUCGCUCAAAGGUGCCCCACUUCUCAAACCGACCUUUGCGACUUCCGGCGGAAGUCCGUACCGGCCAACGACGAUCAGCGCCAGCCACGGAAUCAUCGGUUCGGGACUCGCCAAUGGAGGUGGAGCAGGUAGUUCACCGAGUCACCACAGCAGUAACAACUCGAAAAAGUAUCUGUACCAGCAGGCCUACGGUGGUCACCGGAGUUCGUCCGGCAGUGGAAGCCGUUCGCAUGGUUAUAUGCCGGUGCGGAUACACCGGAGCCUGCGGGGGAGCUCGGCUGGCAUGACCUCAUCGAUUAUUACGAGAAUUUAGGGAUAAGGGACGCCGAAAGGCGUUUCGCUCAAGAGUUAGGAAAACUCUGUUUAGACUGUGAUACAUAAUCUGUUGAUGUUGUUUAGAAUGUAGAACGUAGAUUUUUGGAAUAGUGUGCGAAUGAAUAGCCUGAGCGUUACGAUAUGUUUUUAUUCUAUAAAGUUAGGUUAGUUUGAACAAAAGUGUACAUUAAAAUUAUAUUUAUUUACUGUGUAAAUAAAUACUUCCAGUUGCCUAACAGCUAUAUGAUUGAAAUGAAAGUGAAUCGUGUUUGUUGGAGCAUAAAUUGUAGAAAAUUGUUUUAUAAGUAGAAAUAAAGACCAUCGAAGGUUGUUGUCUAUUUUA